AUGUCUGCUGUGAAUGUGUGUUGUUAUUUUGGUCUGUACUCUUCUGAUUUCUCCUCCUCUCCUCUCCUGGUUCUUCUUCCUCUCACAGAGAAUUGGCAGUAUGUCCAUACAGAGUGUGCAAAUGGCUGGUGGCCUCAUAAUGGCUUCUGCUACAGAGUCCUGUCAGAAUCAGAGGCAGGAAGCUGGGAGGAAUCCACCCGGGCCUGUAGCUCCCAGGGCGCUAACCUCACCAGCCUCAACACACUGUCUGAGGUGGAGGUGCUGCUGAAGCUGCUGGCUAACUUUUCUGGGAACGGUACGAAGGUGUGGAUCGGUCUUCGGAAGAGGGCAUCAUCGCCGACUGUAGAGUGGUCUGAUGGCUCACCGGUGACUCUCACUCUCUGGCAUCAGUAUCACCCUCCUCACAACCUGACGGACGCAACGCUCUGUGCCAAAGCAGACAGGAAGGAAGGUACCUGGCUCUUAGCAUCAUGUGAUGAGCGACUGCCGGCUGUGUGCAGAAGAAAGAGCCAGAAUCCAGGUCGUCCCUCUGGAUCCUGGGAUGAGGAUUGUCCUGAGGGCUGGAAGCGACAUGGUCACUCCUGCUACAUGGUGACGAGCCAUGAGCAGAGCUGUGAAGAUGCACAGAUGGGAUAUUACUGCAAGGCCCCUCUUCUAACUGUGGAAAACAGGUUCGAGCAGGCGUUUGUCAACAGUUUGCUGAGUGAGAGAGGAGCUAACAGUAGCUUGUAUUACUGGAUCGGCCUCAUGGAUCACAAGGAGACAGGAGAGUACAGCUGGCUUCUUCACAACAGUUCCUCUUUUCCUCUCACCUUCACAAACUGGAACAAACACCAGCCAGCCAGCAGCAGUGGCUGUGUUGCGAUGUCAGGCGGACCUGCUCUGGGACACUGGGAGGUGAAAGACUGCAAGUCCUUCAAAGCCUUGUCGGUGUGCAAGCAGAGUGUGAGCAGUUACCACGAUCUCCAGCUGCCAGAGCACCACAUUGAUGCUCACGCCCCCUGUCCUCCAGGGUGGGAAUCACAGUCUGGGCUCCUCGACUGUUUUAAGGUGUUCCAUGACGAGAAGGUCCUGAUGAAACGCUCGUGGGUGGAAGCAGACUUCUUCUGCCAGGCCCUCGGGGCUCAGCUCGCCAGUUUCUACCACUAUGAGGAGCAGGUGUUUGUUAAGCAGCUGCUCAGUACCAUGUUUGAAGGAAUGCAGGGUCGCUGGUUCUGGGUGGGUUUAAACAAGAGAGACCCUGAAUAUCCCGGAGCCUGGGAGUGGUCCGACGGCUCCCUAGUGGUGACGUCCUUCAUAGAGGACAAGAACGAGGAGGAUGACAGGAGGGACUGUGCCGUGUACAGUGACCUGACCAACACUCUGACGCCGCAGCCCUGUGAUACCAAACAUGAGUGGGUCUGCAAGUUGCCCAGAGGUGAAAAACUGAAAAAACCCUACUGGUACACCGAGGAGAGCGAGCCCUGGGUGUUUUACCGCGGAGCUGAGUACCUGCUGGCGAAGCAGCCGUUUGACUGGGACACUGUGUCUCUCGCCUGCCAGAUGAUGGGAUCCUACCUUCUGUCCAUUCACUCCAGAGAGGAGCAGCACUUCGUAAAGGAACGCUUGCGGCGGCUCUCCCUGGGCCCGAAUGAGUGGUGGAUCGGCCUGUCCGUUGGGCAGCCAGGAGAGGAGGUCAUGUGGAGUGACAAGACAAAUGUAGACUUUCAGAACUGGGCUGAAGGGGUUGCUGUUGAUAGCCGGAGGAGAAAUGAGUUGUGUUUCACCAUGUCCUCUUCAACAGGAAAGUGGUCGACUAAUAAAUGCAGCGAUCUCCAUGGAUAUGUGUGCAAGAGAAAGACUGCGUCUGUGUUGGAGAUGCCCAGGGAGCCGCACUACAUCGGAGGAUGUCCCGAGAAAUGGUUGUACUUCGGACACAAGUGUCUCUUACUUCACCUGCCUGACAGUCCAAAGGAGGGAAAGAGUUGGAAAGAUGCCCAGUCCAUCUGCUCCUCUUUCCAAGGCUCACUGGUCGCUAUAGAAGAUGAGAUAGAACAAGCCUUCAUCACCAUGCUGAUGCAGGGCAGCUCUGUCGGCGUGUGGAUUGGUCUCGGUGAUGGAGACAUCAUGAGGUGGACCAAUGGGAAAUCAGUCAGCUACACCAACUGGUCUCCAGUUGAACCAAAAAGCUUUCUCACUGAGGGUGAGUGGCUCAGUGGAUUCACUAAAGAGCCGUUGUGCAUUGUUCUGUCAAACAACCACAACUUCCACCUGACGGGAAAGUGGUACGAUGAGAAGUGCAGUGAGACUGGGUAUGGCUUUGUCUGUCAAAAACCUCAAGAUACAUCCAAACCCCCCACCCACUCCUAUCACCACCCUCUCCCUGAUAAUAUUGAGUACAGGACCCGCAACUACAAGGUUGUGUCUGGCAACAUGAGCUGGUACGACGCCAUGCACUUGUGCAUAGACAAUGAUUCUGACCUUGUGAGCAUUACAGAUGCCUACCACCAGGCUUUCCUUACUGUCCUUGUCAAUAGAUUGGCAGUCCCCCACUGGAUUGGACUGUAUAGUCAAGACAGUGGCAUUAAUUACCAGUGGUCAGAUGGCAGGGACACUGUGUACACCCACUGGGACGCAGCCGAUGACGAUGACGACUUUGUGACGGGAGAGUGUGUGUACAUGGAUGUGAGCGGAGGCUGGCGGAGAGCAGACUGUGAAACUCCGCUACCAGGAGCCCUGUGUCACGUCUCCACACCGAGCAAUAAACCAUUUACCUCCUAUGAGGGAGCGUGUCCAUCCACGUGGGUGAAAUUUGGACACGCCUGUUACAACUUUGAGCCUGUGGUGGACAAACUCACAUUUGAAGAGUCGAGAGAGCACUGCAGGCAGAAAGUCAACACGUCAGAUGUCCUGACCAUUGAGAGCGAGACAGAGAACCGUUUUGUGCUGGAGCAGCUGUGGUCAUCAGGCCUGCGUCACCAGACCGUGUGGUUGGGAAUGUACUUCAACAUCGACACUGAUUCUAUGACCUGGGUGGAUGCUUCGCCUAUGGAUUACACCAACUGGCCUAAUAAAGCCCCAGACUCCAAGCUGCUGACUGCAGAUACCUGUGUGACUACCAGCGUGGGUGACGGUGUGUGGCACCUGUCACGGUGCAAUGAGCGGCUCGGCUUUGUCUGCAAAUCCAUCACAGACAAAUUCCAGUCAACUUUAUUGAUAUGA